CACACUCUACGGCAACCCAGCGGCAAGAUCAUUUGUUGUUGGUCGCAGAAUGUCAAAGAUCGGAUCGAUUUAAACUUGCAUCUUAUGCAUUCGUUAACGGAACCACCGCUCGAAUGGUACAUUGUUGUCGUCACUUUAAGGUCGAAAUGUUGCGGUGUGGCGGUCGCGAAAUUUUUGAUGUAUGAUCCGCGAAUUCUGUGACUUUUAUAUUUUUUUUUUGUGUUUCGCAAGCAUCGGAGUUUAAUGAUCACCUGUAGGCGUCCGGGUAGGAAUAUUUACUGGCUGUGAAACAAUUGUGCGUCCGGGUAGGAAUAUUUACUGGCUGUGAAACAAUUGUUUUUAGUGAUGCAGACCAAAAAUAUUAACUUGGACCAUGUGGCAGUCAUUGACGAUGAUGCAAAGGAAUUCACUUUAAAAGCCAUUGGAUUAUUGGAGUCUAUCCCGCCUCUACCUCCAAGAUCAAUAACAGUAGCCAUUCCCAGUUCUACAUCUGUUCAAGUGGAAGGGAAUGGCCCUUAUAAGCCUGUUCCACCACCGAAACCACUUCAGCAACAGAACACGAGCUGCUUCACGCCACCUCCCUAUAGGAUGCCCCCUUAUCCGCUUUAUAACGAGCCUAACAUCCCUGGUGCUGCCAUUUUGGACACCCCAACUGUCACACCCACUCCAGAUAAUUUACACACACACUCCAGCAAAUUUCCGAUCGAACGAGAAGUAAUUUUGUCGAGUGCCGACAAAAACUCAAAAAUACCCAUUCUUCACGAAUACAUGAAAAAAUCGAAGGGUACAGUUGCACCCGAUUUACCACCAAAGCAAAUGGCUGCCUGGACUCAAGCCCAAGGUUCUAACUCGCAACAAGUUCCAAGGAAUAAUUGUGAACAGACUCAUUCGUUGUACUCUCAUCAGCAACAAUCUCAGAAUAAUAUCCAGCAAGUAUGCGAUGCCGGCAGCAUGUACAGAGCGUCGUAUCACCAAGACUAUUAUAGUCAUCAUUUGCAAAGUACCGGUGCACUUUCAAGAGCCCAGUGGCAAGGAGAUAUCUCGAGACCAGUUCCCGUUUCUCGGCCGUCGGAAGAAAGCACAACCGUGGCCGGACUUAACGAUCCCGGCAAAAAUAAUUUGCAAAAAGAAACGGGAAACAAGUCCAAUAACAAAACGGUUACAAAAACAUACAACACAAUUAAAGAUUUGAUAUCGAGCAAAUUUAAAAGUGGCAAAGAUAAUGACGAAAGGAAUGAACAAGAAAGUGGUUUAAAUAAUGCUUCUGUAGUGGAUGAUACCAGAAGCAAAUGCAGAAAUCAGGAAAAUUCAGAGUACACCGAAGAAAGGCAACAGCAGGUUCAAAAGGUCACCGGUGAUCAACCGAUGUAUGGAAGAUCGAGGGGUGAUGGAAUGAGCAUUCCACAUUCUUACAAUCAACAAAUGGUCCAUCAGCAUAUCAUGACGCAACACCAACAACAAUCCAGACAAGCAGUGCCACAAAGUCAGGUUUCGCAGCACCAAUAUUACUCGCACCAACAGCAGCAGCAACAACAACAGCAGCAACAACAGCAACAAUCUCAGGAAAUCCAAGACCAGUUGUACACACCGAGUUCAUAUAUUGUUACAAGCCAAAGACCAGCAACACGAUAUGGAAUAACGCAGUCCAGUGAUCAACAUUAUGUCAUGAUACAUAACGCCCAAUACGGUGAACAAGUCGAAGUGAUAAACGAAAGGUGUGUGGACACGGCAAUCCGAACUCCAAUGGAGAAACGAAGCGCUCAGCAGAUCGAACGUGAUAAUCUACGUCAGCGGACGUUUGAAGCAAGACGUGCUGCUUCUCAACCCCAGCUGGCUUGUGAGGAUGAUACCAAGACCGAGCACGUGGAACGGACUCGAAACCCAACCUGCCAACUUCCGGUUCGUCACGGUUCCCACGGAAACAUAGCUGAGUCGAACCUUCCACUACCACCCGGUUCGUCGCGUCAAGUUGAAGAACCUUCUGUGAAAAAAAGUAUUUUGCAUGAUUCAAAUGACGCCCAAGAUGGAAAUAUUAUUCAGAAGAAAGAAAGGGAUGAGUCGUCAAAGAUGUGUGAAGUACUGCUUGGCGCUCCCAGGAAACGGCUGGAAGGAGAAAUUGGCAAAAUAGAAGGCGUUUAUAAUGUUGCCUCGAAAAGUGAUAAAAAUUUCAGUGAUAAAGAUGAUAAGUGCAAAAAGACAAACGCGGAAUCUGCUGCCAGUUCGGAUUACGAUAAAUCUGGACAAGCUUCUUCGAAUGUUGAUUCGGGAAGAGGCAGUGCGGCGUAUAGCAGUGGUAGAAGACCCAACAGGGUCGAAACGUGCAACGAAUCUUCGUCUGGCAUCAAGGAUUCCUACAAUUCAAGGGAUGAUUCGGAAUGGGUGGAUGUAGUGGAAAAUGAGCUCCGUACAAUAUUAGAACCAAAGCUGCACGAGCUUUCGCUGCAUGGAAAUGUGUUCAUAGCUAAUUCCACGCUUAGCGAGAGUAUGUCUUCGAUGUCGCCCCCCUUACCGCCUCUAUCGCCCGGCGAACAAUCUUCUCCCAGCUUAACUCCCAGAAAUUCCGCAAAAUAUAAAAAGCAUCACAGUUUGCCAUAUGGAAGUAAACCGGAAUAUAGUGUCGAAAUGUACAAUAAAAUGACCAAAACAACUACUCCAGGAAAUCAAACUAGGUGGCAAGGAAAUAAUGUUCAGAAACAUAGGACAACGAAAAAACCAGAACAUAUUAAUUACAUGAAAGGAAAACAAGUUUUUGGAUUGGACAAUGCCGAUAUGACGUCGACCACAACUCGUUCUCUGGAUCUAGAAUCGAUGUUAGACAAUCAAACUGACUCUGAAGGAGAUAUUAGUACGACAGAUGCAAGAGCCAUUCGAAAACAGCUGGAAGGUUUAGAGUCCAUGUAUUCUGAGGUUUUAAAGCUUCUUGGUGUCAAAAGACAAAUGGGACGAUACCAACCAUCCGAUCCUCGCUUUAGUAAACGAAGAUACGGAAGUAUGUCAUCUCUUCCUUCCAGUUCCGUUAGUAGUCGUCCCAUCAGAGAUAAAAGAAGAAUACAUGAGGAUCGUAGAAAAGUCAAAGAUAUACGAGGUAUCAAUAAAAGAUUCCAACGUCUGGAAUCCCAUGUUGUUACUCUGGCCAGAUCUGUGGCGCAUCUUUCGUCCGAAAUGCGAACACAGCAUCUCAUGAUCCAGGAGAUGGAGAAUAUUCGGGGUGAAAUCGCGACUCUCAGAGCACAAACUAACAUGCUCAAUAUACGAUCGCAAUCGACACCAAGAGGAGGCAGCAAUUCAAAAGAUUUGCCAAACCUCACCAAUCCAACCAGAGUAAAGAAAUUAACUAAGUUUUUUGGCGAUGAGCCGCCAUUAUUGAGACUAUUCUUGAGAAAAUUGGGAUACGAGAAAUAUGCAAACGUUUUUGAAAAUGAAAGGGUAGGUAUGGUAGAACUGCCGUACCUUAGUGAAGAACGUCUACAAAAAAUGGGCGUACCUCUGGGACCAAGACUGAGAAUUCUUCAGGAAGCCCAAAUUUCCGUUUGCAAAGAAAACACCUUAGCUAUCGUAUAGGUAACUUCUGGUAGUUCUUCACAUUUCUUGUACAUACAUACAUCUUACAUUUUCAAAAUGGCGGCUCAUAUUUCAUUCUCGGAUAUUUAGUUUUUAAGCAGCUAUUAUUUAUUAUUAUA